ACCAAAUGGCACAAUAGCGCUUUACUUUUCCGGACCCUCGACAUCUCCCCAUCUUUAUAUUAUGUUGAACAACGCACUCUCCACCUGUCUUGUAUUAAUGACGUUGCAAAAAAUAUUUCAGGGCUACUGCAUGGAAGUGAUGUUUUUGAAGUCAGGAUCCGGAUGUGGAACCAGUCAAGAAAUCCAAGUGGCCUCGUUCAAGCUUCUUCGAGGGGCACAAACCGAGCCUCCCCCAUCUUGUUCUAUGAUCAAGCUAAAUAGCUUAGAGCAAGUUCAAAUCGUUACAAAGGCGAUUGAGGAGUCUCAACCCUGUCAGGCAUUUUUUGAGUGUACUUAUGCCUACAACAGGGCUUUUUCGGGGGUUCCAGAACAAACUCUCACCCUUGGCUCUGAUAAGGAAUGCCACGCCCGUUGCCAACGCGAGCAAUUACAAUGCCAAAUGUGGACCUUUGAUGGGCUGUCCAAGUGCGAAUUGUUCCAGAUCCCUGGAGAUUUGGUUCUUUCUGUGGGACAUAUAAGUGGACCGUUGGCGUUAGGAUGCUUGGUUGGGGCCAUGAAUUAUGAAGGGUUUGACUUGGAAAAUGUGAUGAAAGUCACGGCUGAGGAUUGUCAGAUUGCUUGUCAGGACCUGACUGGUUGCACUCAUUUCACAUUCCAAACAAAAAAUCUAAUUUGUUAUUUGAAAUAUGCCAAUGAUGAUCAAAGAGUAGAGACUGUGUACAUUUCUGGACCUAAAUAUUGUUUGUAAAGGCUGGGCUCGCUAAACAUCUUUCAAUAUACUGAUUCUUUUGGCUUAGCGGUUGAAGCUA